GCAAGUCUGAUUGAAUAAAUAAUAUCCAUCUACACAACUACUGCAUAUCUGUUCAUCUACACAAGUAAUACAAGGCUAUUGACAUAAAAUGCAAUGUUGAUUUUUCUGAUAGUAUAGACUUUAACACGUAAUACACAAUUCUUGACUCAGACAAUUUUCACAUGGAUCUUAACACUUCACACAACUGUAACUGUCAUUUAAAUAGUAUCCGUCUUGACAAGUAGAGCAUUGUUAAUUUUUCUGGCAAAUUAGGCAAUUUAGAGGACAUUAAACGAUGCAUUAUCCAUUAAUAAGCUAAUAGUCAUUUGAAA